AAUUCUACUAUUGAGUUCAUAAUAUUCUGUUACCAACUUACCAUUAUGAAAUACUUUUUCUUUUUUAUCCUAAUUUAAAAAUCGAAUGCCUAUUACUUAAAAAAGUGAAACCAGCGGGAAAACGUACUUUUGGCGGGAAAGAAAAAACUUGAACGCGUAUUCGUCGCCGUAUUUCGUAAAUUUGUACGAUAUAAGCAGUAUUUGCUCUUUAAUUCGUUUUGGUGAACUUAAGGGAUUUAAUAAAAUGUCUAAUGCAAAGAAAACGGGCAAAUCCAAGUUCUUGGCGGAAGAUCUAAACGACUUCAUGAAUAAAAGCCAGUUUGUAAAAGAAUCUCCUAAAACUGGAAAACCUCAAAAGCGUAAUAAAUCAGCGGCACCAGCAAUACAAGAAGAUGACAUGUCCAGUUUAAUGAUUGAGCAACAAGUAAGCAUGAAAAAAAGAAAGAUCUCAGCAAGUCAAGGAUCUGAGACACCUCAGAAAGUCCGGGACACAAUUAUGCAGCAAAUAGAAUCAAGGCAACAAUGUACUGAUCUUAUGCUAAAUAACUUGUCAAAUAUUAUUAAGCAACAAGAAGCUGAACACAAACAGAUGAAAGAAAAUCAAGAUAAAUUAGAGCAACUCACUGGAGCUCUAUUGAAGUGCAUUCAACAGUCUUGUGCUGCUCAAAAACAAAGUCUGAUGAUGUUGUGGGAGUUCCAUGCCUCUUUUAAAAAGAGAUACGAGGAAAUGAAUGUUCUACAUAAGGCACAGAAUGAAAAACUGACUGAAGAAAUAGAGGAUGAUCUUAAGAAUUUGGAGCAGAAGCUAAUAAUAGAAACUAAGCGGAAUGGCUGGGACAAUUUACGCAAAACGAUUUUUCAUGCUAUGCAAAAUGAUUUGUAAACUGACAAUAUUCACAAUGAUUGCAUUUUAUAUUUUAGAGACAUUCCUAGUAGAUUUUUUGUUAGAAGACUACGAAAAAUGUGAUUUCUGUUUUUAGGAUAAGUAAAUUGUUACAUGUACUAUUUUCACAAUGAUUUUAUUAAUUUGAGGCACAUUAUAAGAAGGUUAUAAGUUAGAAGAAUAUGAAAAAUUUGAUUUUUGUUUGUAUUAAUAAAUAUUUUGGGUUAUCUUUGUUUUUUUUUUCACAGACAUUUUUCCUUGU